AUGUCUGCUCGCACACAUCUUCUUGGACUUCAUCCUUGGACACGAUGCAUCGAGACAUUGAACGCUGUGACGUCAACCCCUGACGUAUCCCCAUGGAGCUGUCUGGUGGGCUCUGUCCUCAUUAUGUUCCCAUCCUUCGGUUUCCAAACCGCUGUCGGCACAGUGCAAGACUAUAUUACCACCCACCAGUUAUCCGGCUACAGCGUGGAGAAUAUCGGCUGGAUCAGCGCGCUCCUUGUCUUCCUGACCCUCUUCUUAGGCGUUCGAGUCGGCCCCGUUUUCGACCGCUAUGGCCCUCGCACUCUUCUCGCCGUGGGCUCUCUUGGCAGCGUCGCUUCCUACCUCCUCGUUGCCCGAUGUGCGAGAUAUUGGCAUUUUAUGCUCGCCCUGGGCGUUCUGGGCGGCAUGUCUUCGGCCAUUCUCACGACCGUGGCCAUUAGCGUGCUGAUUCACUGGUUUGAACGCCGCCGGGCUCUGGUCACGGGAGUCUGUAUGGGCGGCUCCUCCGCCGGUUGUGCGAUCCUCCCGAUCGUACUCCGCAGCACUUUCCAGAAAUAUGGCUGGGCAUGGUCUCUACGCAUUGUUGCCUUUAUCCCCCUCGGCUGUUAUGCUCUGGCAAUCUUCCUUGUUAGAGGCAGGCAGCUGCCAAACACUGGCACCCCUACUCGCGCCACUAUCGACUUUCGUGCGUUCCGGUCCCCGCGUCUCUGCUUCCUGGCUCCUGCGGAGCAAUUCUACACCCUGACGGUGCUGAACAGCAUGAGUUUACUGGGACGGGUGCUCCCGGGAUUAGCAGCGGACUUUCUGGGAAGAUUCAAGAUUCUCUUAGCGAUGAUGAUACUCACGCUGGUGGUCAUGACGGCCGUAUGGGUGCCGUUUGGAUCGCGGAGCGAAGCGACGUUUUAUGCAGUCGUCGCUGUGUUUGGGUUCGGGUCGGGUGGCUGGUUCUCGCUGGCUCCGGUGUGUGCAGGCCAAUUGUGUCGGGCAGAGGAGUACGGUCGAUUCUAUGGAACGGUGUACAGCGUUGCAGCAUUUGGGACAUUUUUGACUGUUCCAGUCGGCGGGAAGCUCUUGCAGGCAACUUCACCGCAAGCCCUAGUUGACUUUUAUUCGGCGGUGUUGGUAUUCAAUCUGAUCAAUGUAGUAUGCUCUAGGUGGGCGCUAUUAGAAUGGCGAUGGAAAUGGACUGCCGAGGUUUGA